GCCCGGGGCUUCAGCGCUUUCGGCGGCGGCGCUGCUUUCUCCUCGAUCCGCCCCGCUUCCUUACCCCACCUCUGCUGCUCACCUCAGCCGCUCGGAUAUGCAGUCUAACGGGGCCGAGCAGGGACACGACCCGGGGCUUAUCAGCACCCAGAACAGUGCACAGAACAGUCAGAACGGAGAGAGUUCAACCGCCGGAGGAGAGGCGCACUCUAACGGGCUUCUCCCCGGCAGCACAGCGCCUCAGUCCGGCCCUCCUGCCUCAUCACCCGCCUGCUCCGCUGGCUCUCUGAAAAAACUCAAACACCUCUCACAAUCCGAGGAGGAUGUGAUCCGACUCAUAGGACAGCAUCUGCACGGGUUAGGGCUGAAUCAGACGGUGGAUCUGUUAAUGCAGGAGUCUGGCUGUAGACUGGAACAUCCCUCUGCUACCAAGUUCAGAAACCAUAUCUUGGAAGGUGAAUGGGACAAGGCGGAAAAUGACCUGAGCGAACUGAAAGGCCUGAUGCUUUCACCCAACGCUAUUGUGAGGAUGAAGUUUUUGCUCCUGCAGCAGAAGUAUUUGGAGUAUUUGGAGGACGGGAAAGUUCUGGAAGCAUUACAGGUGCUGAGAGGAGAACUGACGCCCCUUAAAUACAACACAGACCGUAUCCACAUCCUCAGCGGGUAUCUGAUGUGCAGUCAUGCUGAAGAUCUAAGAGCCAAAGCUGAGUGGGAAGGAAAAGGAGUGAGUUCACGCUCCAAAUUGCUGGAUAAACUACAGACGUACCUCCCCCCGUCGGUGAUGCUGCCACCGCGGAGGCUACACACGCUGCUGCGCCAGGCGGUGGAGCUACAGAGAGAUCGCUGCCUCUAUCACAACACAAAGACGGACAACAACCUUGAAUCUGUUUCGUUACUGCUGGACCACGUGUGCAGCAGGAAGCAGUUCCCAUGUUACACUCAGCAGAUUCUGACCGAACACUGUAACGAGGUUUGGUUCUGCAAAUUCUCCAACAACGGCACCAAACUCGCCACCGGAUCCAAAGACACCACCGUCAUCGUGUGGCAGGUGGACCCGGACACACACCAGCUGAAGUUGUGGAGGACGCUGGAAGGUCACGCGUACGGAGUGUCUUACCUGGCCUGGAGUCCGGAUGACACGUAUCUUAUUGCCUGCGGGCCCGAUGACUGCUCCGAACUCUGGCUCUGGAAUGUACAGACAGGUGAACUGCGUACAAAGAUGAGUCAGUCUCAUGAGGACAGUCUGACCAGUGUGGCCUGGAACCCUGAUGGGAAGCGAUUUGUUACAGGAGGACAGCGGGGACAGUUCUACCAAUGUGAUUUGGACGGGAACCUGUUGGACUCAUGGGAGGGAGUGCGUGUUCAGUGUUUAUGGUGUGUACAAGACGGUCGAACCGUUCUGGCCUCUGACACGCACCACCGUAUCCGUGCCUACAACUUCGAGGACCUGACCGACAGAAACAUAGUUCAGGAGGACCAACCCAUUAUGUCCUUCACAGUUUCCAAGAACGGACGAUUAGCUUUGUUAAAUGUAGCAACUCAGGGAGUUCAUCUCUGGGACCUGCAGGACCGAGUGUUGGUGAGGAAGUAUCAGGGAGUGACGCAGGGCUUCUACACCAUCCACUCCUGCUUCGGUGGCCAUAACGAGAACUUCAUCGCUAGCGGCAGUGAAGAUCACAAGGUUUAUAUCUGGCACAAACGCAGUGAGCUGCCCAUAGCCGAGCUGACGGGACACACUCGCACCGUGAACUGUGUUAGCUGGAACCCGUGCAUACCCAGUCUGAUGGCCAGCGCUUCGGAUGACGGCACAGUCCGAGUGUGGGGUCCUGCUCCUUUCCUCCACGCACAGGAAGUGGAUGCCUUCAAUGAAAACUGCAGCAGUAUGGACAGUUGAUGGUGAAGACCUACUCGAAGAAACAAUCAAAAGUAUCUAAAGACAGGAGGACGAUCAGACUUCAUCACAAUCAGUGCAGCAAUUAAUCAACCGUCUACAAAAUAAAGGAAAGUUUCAUUGUUCAUGUUCUGCAACUGUGAAACGCUCGGAAAGAAAAAGACCUAGUCGAAAUUUUUAUAUCAAGUCGUGUUUACUUAUAGCAGUAGGGGAGAGUAUCAAUUCUGCCCAGCAGCACCAGUUUUUUGGCCUGUGCUAAACCAGUACAAUGAGGCUGUUUGAUUUAUUAAAAACAUUAAAUCAUAACAGACUUAUGAGACACCCACUGCAAUCCGUGAUUCAUCCAUCUCAUGCAGUUGCCUUGACUGUCCAGCAGUGGCCACAAUUGCACAGCCAGUCAUGUCUGUAUAAGGCGCCUGAUUGGUUGAUGAGAUCUCAGUGGCAGUGGGUCAGCACUUUAGACUGCUGUGCCACCCUGAGAAUGCAUUCAAACAGAACAACAGAUGAACUGGUUCUUAUGUUUAUGGCCACUAAUUUUGCGCUUCAUUCAUGUUUACGUUAAGGUGUGUCUAUACAGCAUGUGUUUAUGUUAAUAUUUGUUCUCUGGCAUUUUACAUGCAUAUAAUAACAAAUCACUGCCACCUCUUAGUCUGGCAUGUUCAUGUCCGGGGUUUCAAAGCUUUUUAGAAUUUUUAUUUCGAUAAAUUCAUUUUUUUUCAUGCUGAUAGUGACUCGAUUUUCUGAAGUGUUUUUGAUGUAUCCAAUUUUCUAUUGAAAGAAAAAGCUUUUUUUAAAUAUCGAUGUGGACAGGUCUGAAUCUAUUCAGAAUUUACCUGCACUGAGAGGGGAAAAAGAAACCAGUUUAUCCAGCAACUUGCUUAUGGUGGAGGUCUAAGGCCAGGUUGUUCAUGUUCUGUAGUUAAAAAAAAAAUCAGAAUUGAUUCAAAUGAAUAAAAAAAAUUAAGUGGUUUCACUGUAACAACAUUUUUUUGGAUGGGACAGAAACCGAAGACAUGAAAGUGAACAGCCGCUCUCAGACUUCCAAUUUCACUGAGAUGAUUUGGAUAGUUUGUCCAUAGUGAAGAGAGACGGUAUGAAAGAAUUAUCGUACAAAUAGAUAGUAGCUGUGAGUUAACACUAUUACUCCACACAUUUACCCGGGCUGCUGUUACACAGAGCUGAGUUCAUAGAUGUAGCUAAAUGUAUAUCGCUAAACAGCUAGCUAACUUGAUAGUAAACUACUUUUAUUCUGUGAUCUGUUUAGGUUUUACUAACAUACUCAUGUUACAGCCACUCGUCAUGCUAAACAGCUCAUUAGUCAGCAAACUAAUGCUAGCUAGAUUUAGCACAAUCUUAUACACAAGUUUAAGUCACAUGAUCCCAUGCAACAUUUGCAUAAACAUGAUUUGCUCUGAUUUCAGCCAGUGGAAAAAUAUUUGCACUAUUGGGGCUGAAAAUGAGGGUUUAAGUUUUCCAAAUGACAAGUUUGGUGCACUUCCUGUACCAAAGAUUAGGGAACGUAGUUCUGCAUUAAUGCACUGAGAUCCAAGUUAUGCAGCAAGGCCACGCCCCAAACCUAAUUUUCACGCCCACAUAUCACUUUAUUUUUCUCUUCAGUCUGUGUUUCUGUUUGACUUCUAAAACAAGGCCCCUUUACAAGCCACAUGCACAAAAUUAGGAAACAAUAACACCAUUAACAGUUGCUUCAUCACAUUAGAAAAAAUUCUCUAUAGUCUGAAUCCUUGAAGGUUUAACAGUAAUAAUGACACCCACCCCCGGGCCAAAAUUAUACCCCUAAACUGCCUGAACCUAGGCCCACACACUUUACAUCAGGUGACCAGUUGUAAAUCCUUGCGUCCUCAUUGAUAAACUAUGCAGCGAAGCCCCACCUCUAAAUUUCAUCUCACUGUAGCCUACGCCCUGAAUAUGAUGCCAGACCAAAGCCCCGUCCACCAGGUUUUUUUUUUCGUAAUUAAGGCCUCAUAAAUUGCAUAUGUUUACUUUAUUUUUGAUUAAUUAUCAAAGAAGCCACGCCCCUAAUCUCAGCAAUUAAAGUGGAGUAGAAUAGAAAUGGUCUUCAUGUUGAACCACAUAUUCAGUCGUAUUUCAGACAUUUCCAGGUUUCCAGCUGCUAUAAUUUGCUGUUUUGGUAAAAGAUGGCAAAAUGUUGUAAACAUAUUAUUUCAAAACCGUUACAAGUUUUUUGAAAACUUAACACUUGGUGCAGUUUAUUUACUUUUAAGGUACAUUUUGCAGGCAGUAAACACUUUUACUCAUUAGUUAUAGAGCUUUCUAUUUCCCCUUUUUGUUCUUUGAAAAACAAACAUUAUUUGCUAUGGACUGCUAAAUAUUUUUUCUGUUUUUAUUUCUUUUUUGUUACUAUUUUUUGGAUUUAUGAUAUUAUUUCUCUUUUUUGUUUUUGGCUGCACCUAUACUCCUGUAUUACCAUAUUAAACUAUAACCAGCCAAACCGUCUCCUUAGUGUUAUUAUCAUUUAACCUCAGCAUUUCUUUUGGUUUUGUUUAUUUGCAUUAUUUUGUUACAUUUGUAAGCAUUGUUCUAACCUGUGGAACUUUUGUAGAGCUUGAGGAUUUAAUAAUUUUUACUAGGGGGCAAAACAGAAUCAUGCCUGCUCCUCACCAAGGUGUUACAAUGGAGACAAUGAUCUAACUGAGGAUGUAAAUAUAAUUUUGAAGCCAAGACCAAGCACUUAGUUGCGCCAGCUGUUGUUCAUCUUUCAGUGCUAGCCAGUAGAGGAUUGGCUCCCCUUACUGAGCCUUGGUUCCUCUAAGCUCUGAGGGUCACUGCAGGCUUCGGAUGCUUACUGGGGGUUUGGGCACUGACCUUGGUCCAGCUGUUUUCUUCUCUGCAUCAUUCCAACAAAUAAAGUUUGUUUUGUUAAA